GGCAUCCAGCUUUGGCGUUUGAACCUUGUCUUCAAACUUGCAUAUCAAGUAGUCUUAAAGCUUCAUGCGCAAACUUCAUAUUUCUUCUACUUAUUCCUCGUGAAAAGCCGCGUGUUUUCGUUUUAGUCUCCAUUACUCUCUCUAUCUCCAUCCAUCUCCUUACCCGGAACACUCCAGGUUUCUUGGUUUUUUUAUAGUUGCAUUUUCAGUCAUCGUUCAUAUAUCUAUUUACAUUUCCUUCAUAAUAAUAUUGGGGCCGGCAUCCAUUUUUCUUUCUCAGUUCAUAUUUUCCAGCGAUCUUCUUUUCUCUUGUGGUCUGGUCUAUCUCAAGCAAUAGCAGUAGUCUUUCAUUCACACAAGCCAACCACCCUUUCUCUUUUUAUUAUACAACCACCUGGUGUGGCCCUACCAAUCUUUCAAGAUGCCUUCAUUACUUCAAGCAUUCUAUGUCCUCGCACUCAUCAACUUGGUCCUCGCCGCUCCACACCCAGCACAAAAGCGAAGCUUCAAAGUCGAGCGAGUCGCAAACCCUAAUUAUGUCGGUCGAACAGCUGGUGCUGGUACAAGAGCUCUCAUCAAAGCAUACAACAAGCAUUCCAUGACUCUCCCAGCAUCAUUGGUCGAGGCCAUGAACUCAGGUGCCAACCCAGCCUUCCCAGAAGGAAACUCCAAAGCCGCCACUGGAAGCACAACGGCAGUAGCCGCCGCCGCAAGUGGUAGCGCAGCUGCAGGAACUGGAAUUGUCGCUGCUACCCCAGAGAGUGGAGAUGUUGAGUACUUGUCGCAAGUCAACAUCGGUGGACAAACCAUGAACAUGGACUUCGAUAGUGGAUCAUCUGAUCUCUGGGUUUUCAGCACUCAACUCGCAACCGCUUCCCAAUCUGGUCAUCAAAACUAUGAUUCCUCUAAAUCAACAAGCUUCAAGGCAAUGCAGGGUGCUACUUGGUCCAUCUCGUACGGUGAUGGAUCCGGAGCUGCUGGAAACGUCGGUACUGACACUGUCAACAUUGGAGGAGCCACUGUCACUGGACAAGCAAUUGAGAUGGCUACCGCAGUCUCCGCAUCUUUCGUCUCCGACACCCAAUCAAACGGACUUGUCGGUCUCGCAUUCUCUAAACUCAACACUGUCAAGCCCACUCAACAAAAGACCUUCUUCGAUAACGCUAUGUCUCAAGGUCUCGCUCAACCAGUUUUCACUGCCGACCUCCGCAAAGCCGCUGCUGGAUCUUACGAGUUCGGAAACAUUGAUUCUACCAAGUUCAACGGAUCCCUCACCUGGGCUGCUGUUAACACCACUCAAGGAUUCUGGCAAUUCAGCUCCGGCAAAUUUUCCGUUGGAGGUGGCCCCGAGACCGCUGUACCAAACGGACAAGCUAUUGCUGAUACCGGAACCACUCUCAUGUUGGCUGACGCAAACAUUGUCAAUGGUUACUAUAGCAAGGUUCAAGGUGCUGUCAACAACCAAACUGUCGGUGGUGUUACAUUCCCUUGCGCUGCCACUCUCCCAGAUUUGGCUAUCGAUGUUGGAGGAACCUACAUGGCUACCGUCCGUGGUUCUGAUAUCAACUAUGCUCCUGUUGAUAACACUGGUACCACCUGCUUCGGAGGUCUCCAAGCCACCACUUCCAACCUCCAAAUUUACGGUGACAUUAUGUUCAAGUCUCAAUUCGUCGCAUUCAACGGAGGAAACAACUCCCUUGGAAUGGCUCCUCAUCAAUAGAGUCUUUUCUCUCUUCUUUUUAGAUAAUCGUUCCCGGUAUAUGUUGUAUAGAGUAGCAUAAUAGAGGCGCAUAGAUGUCGAGCUACUGUUUCGGAUGUUGGGAGAUGGGAGAUGAUCAAAUGGGGUGCAUGGAUUUAUGGGCAGGAGGCUGUGCAUAGGGAAAAAAUGGAAAUGUAUGGAAAGGAAACAAUUAAACAUUCACCAAGGAUAAGACUGAAUGAAUAUAUGAUUUCAUGUUUUGUAUCUAUAAUAAUUGAACUUUAUCUUGGAAGACUAGGUAAUCAAUGUUUAAUAUGCUGUCGUCUUAGGGACA